CCAGAGGCUCCUCCCCGGUGUCACGUUGCAGCUGGCGGCUGCUGACAUGGCGGUCCCGGGGAAGGCGGAGGGGGAAGCAUCUGCAUGCCUUACCCCUCUCCUCUUUCCCGGGCCCUCCAUGUCCCCGAGAUUGCUCUUCCUGCUCUUGAGCCUGUCGUGUUUGGCUGGCCAGGCGGCCGCGCUCAUAGAGGGGCUGUACUGCGGCCAGCAAGUGUGCUAUGAUGUGCUGGGGGUGAACAGAGAGGCCAGCAGGGCGGACAUCGCUCGGGCAUACCGGCAGCUGGCCAGGAAGUACCACCCGGACCGGUACCGGUCUAAUGAGGACAAAGAGAACGCGCACAACCAAUUCCUCCUGGUUGCCACUGCCUACGAGACUCUAAAGGAUGAAGAAACUCGAAAGGAUUAUGAUUACAUGUUGGACCACCCCGAGGAAUACUACAGUCACUACUACCAUUAUUAUAGUAGGAGGCUAGCGCCAAAGGUGGAUGUGAGAAUUGUCAUCCUAGUUACAGUGUGCGUCAUCUCACUUUUUCAGUUUUACAGUUGGAGAAGUAGCUACAAUGAAGCCAUUAAAUACUUAGCAACAGUGCCAAAGUAUCGAAUCCAGGCCACUGAAAUUGCAAAACAGCAAGGUUUAUUGAACCGUGCAAAAGAGAAGGGGAAGAACAGGAGGUCUAAAGAAGAAAUCAAGGAGGAAGAUGAGGAGAUAAUAAGAGACAUUAUAAAGAACAAAAUAGACAUCAAAGGGGGCUAUCAAAAACCACAAAUAUAUGACAUCCUACUAGUCCAGAUUGUCUUGUUCCCCUAUUAUUUGUUCAAGUACAUCAACUGGUAUGUUCACUGGGUGUAUACGUUCAACAUCAAACGGGUCGAGUACGGUGAAGAGGAAAAACUCUACCUCAUCCGAAGAAACAUGAAAAUGUCACAGUCUCAGUUUGACACUUUAGAAGAUGAUCGGAAGAAAUUGUUUCUUGAGGAGCAGCUGUGGAAACGAGAAAUUUAUGAAAUCUACAAAAAAGAGCAAGAAGAAGAAAUGAAGAUAAAGAUGGCUUCAGAUGCCCGAUGGAAGAGAUACAGGAGGUGGAUGAAAAAUGAGGGACCAGGAAGACUAACAUUUGCAGAUGAUUGAUUGACAGGCUCGUUCCUUAGGAGAUUAUUUUCUUAAAAUAAAUUAUGAGAGAUUUUUGUACUUGCUGCACAAGAUAUGUCAUCUUAAACUUG